CAUCAAUGCAUCUUUCGUACCUCGGAUAUUAUUCCCUUGCAUAUGGGCGCUGAUCGGCCUUCAUCUCAUAGCUACCUAGCUAUUUAGUCCUUGUUUAUUAUUCCUGGUGAUGAAUCCCAAACAUACCCCCUUGAUCUGUCCAUCUAUAUUAUCGGCUCCUCAUUAGAAACAAUUCUAGACAUACUCUAAAAUGUCCGGACCGACAUCACGAUUGAAGAACAUUCUUAGUCACUUGGGCUCUAGAACGCCUAAUUCUGCAGCUAAGUCGCCCGCCGGUUUCGAUCACAGCCAUCACCUUCACCAAUUAUCACCAACAUUUUUCCUCGAGAGAGCUGCCACAAUUGAACCGGACGCUCUAGCGAUACAUCACGUUACGGCCAAUAACAAAGUUUUGAGAAGGCCGUACUGCGAAUUUGCCGAUCGCGCGAGAGGGCUGGCCUAUUACCUCCUAAAACACGGCUUUAAGAGAGUCGGCAUAUUGGCGACUAACACGCCGGCAUUCCUAGAAUCGAUAUUCGGAAUUGUCGCCGCUGGUGGGGUCAUCGUACCCGUGAAUUAUCGCUUAAAACCCGAUGACAUCACAUACAUAUUCGACUUCGCCGAAGUAAACUCCAUCAUCGUUGAUAACGAAUAUUUAUCGUUACUCGAUGGCUUCAAGGAGAGCCAUCCGAAUGUGCCUUUCAUCAUUGACCUAGAUACCGACGCGACUGAAGGCGAGCUUUCUGGGCCAUUCGAUGAAGCGGUCCUUGAAGGCUUAAAAUAUGAUCAAGCGCAAGGGAGCAAGGGAUGGAGCGGUCUACAUUCUCACGGUACUCACGAAGACGACAUGAUUGCCAUUCCAUUCACAUCGGGAACCACGUCGAGACCGAAAGGAUGCAUUUUCACGAAUAGAGGCGCAUACCUUGCAACCCUAGGCAAUGUCAUUGAAUCUGGGCUGAAUUUCGAUCAUGGGAGAUGCAAGUAUCUGUGGAUUUUGCCGAUGUUUCAUGCUGUGGGCUGGAUGUACCCCUGGGCGGUAACUGCCGUGAGGGGCACUCAUUACUGUCUUAGAAAGGUUGACUACCCCUUAAUCUGGAAGCUGCUCAAGGAAGAAAGUAUUACUCACUAUUGUGCGGCGCCCACGGUAAAUACUAUACUCUGUAACUCGAAGGAAGCAGAAAGGUUGCCACAUCGGGUGCGAGUCACCGUAGCAGCAAGCCCGCCGACAGCGCAUCUUUUUGAGCAGAUGACUAAUCUCAAUCUACAUCCCGUACAUGUAUACGGCAUGACUGAGACGUACGGCCCGCUAACCAAGGCUUAUCACAUACCGCAAUGGGACUCGCUUCCCAACUCGGAGAAGUACGCAAUGAUGGCACGUCAGGGACACGGCUUCAUAACGAGUCUUCCGAUCCGUGUGGUCAAGACAGAUCAGCCAGAAGGGGUUCUCGUCGACGUAGCGAAAGACGGCAAAGAGAUUGGCGAGAUCGUCUUCUUCGGCAACAUUUGCACCAAAGGAUAUUACAAGGAUCCUGAGGCUACGAGAAAGCUCUUCGCGGGUGGUGGCCUGCACUCCGGCGACCUGGCCGUUUGGCACCCAGAUGGAAGCGCCCAAGUCCAGGACAGAGCUAAGGACAUCAUUAUCAGCGGAGGAGAGAAUAUAUCCUCUGUCGCGCUCGAGGGUAUGCUAGUGCAGCACCCCGACGUGUUGGAAGCAGGCGUCGUCGCGGUACCAGAUUCUCACUGGGGCGAGAGACCAAAAGCGUAUCUGACCGUCAAAGAAGGAAAGACGUUAGAGCCUCAAGACAUGAUCAAUUGGUGCCGUAACCAGAGUACGAUCAGCAAAUUCAUGAUUCCGAGGGAGGUGGAAAUCGUCAAAGAACUGCCGAAGACGAGCACGGGCAAGAUUCAAAAGAACGUGCUGAGAAAUUGGGCGAAGACGGGGAGGAAAGAAGCUUGAGUUCUGUCGUCGAGAUUGUACUGCCAAUUGUAUGCAUUGGAGUAGAGGUAUUUGGGCGCUAGGGAACAUCUCCGGAAGAGUAGAUCUGUCGAGGGCCAGGGUAUGGUCAUUUUCGGGAUAGAUUUCAGACAGUUGGAUCCUGCGUCUUCGAGGUCGGAAGAAUGGAUAAUGAAUCUAUGACAUAUUAUACCAGGUAUAUUAUCAUAUAAAAUAAAUCAGGGAAACAAAUAGGUCUAUGUUUACUUACAUCAACAGUAAUGACUUCUCUUUCAAUAGGACGACCCGACUCGGAGAAAUCGAUCAACUUACUUGUACCGCACUUCGGACGGAACCUAUGAGAUUUGAGACUGUUGCCGAAGCGAUGAUAAUAAAUUCGUCCUAACCCGACCGGAACUUGACAACGUUCCGUUUCGGAUACAUUAGGGGGUAUCUGCUUCUCGUGCAGAUGAGCAGUUGGAGAGAUUCACUUUACUAUGUAGAGGGGCGAACGACAGGAAUUACACUGUGAAUCGUGUCUGUCCGUAGUGGCAAUUGGCUGUUUUAGGGGCUGCAAAGGAGAGGCAUACUACAGCGAGGUCACACUCUAUAUGCAACGGGUAUAAUAUUAGCAUCGCGUCUUUAAUCCUGCUAAUGAUUAUGAAUUGGGGGCUAUUGUAAUGAGGAGACCUAAUGAAGUAGUGCGAAAAGGCACAUGUGCAG